AUGGCCGUUACUACUCCAAUCAAAUCACUAAUUCUACUAUUUAGUUCCUUGGUUUGGACAGCCCAAGCCUUGGUUGAUACGAAAUUGACGGGGACAUGGUCUUCAAAGUCGCGUCAAGUUGUUACUGGGCCGGACUUCUAUGACCCCGUUGCAGACAUAUUUCAAGAACCUCCCUUGACAGGAAUAUCGUACUCUUUCACGGACGAUGGUCACUAUGAAGAAGCAUACUAUCGGGCCAUACCGAACCCAACGCAGCCUCAAUGCCCUAAGGGAAUAAUGCAAUGGCAGCAUGGUACCUAUUCGAUUCAAAAUAACGGCUCGCUUGCGUUAGUACCGAUUCCUUCUGAUGGGCGUCAAUUGAUAUCGGAUCCGUGUGCGGGAUAUCACUCGACAUACACACACUACAAUCAGAGUGUUCUUUUCGAGAGCUACCGUAUAUACAUGGAUAAAUACCAUGGCAUACAGCGACUUGACUUGGUCCAGUUUGAUGGGUCGCCUAUGCAGCCUCUAUACAUCCUCUAUCGGCCCCCUGCUAUGUUGCCCACCACGAUGCUGAAUCCAACCGGCAAGGCAAGGGGAAAGGCAAAGAGGGCAGUUGCAAUUGAUGGAAAAGAAAACCAAGUGUCUUCCAUGAUAAGGAGCGUUGACCCCGUCGUUCUGGAACGCUGGUGGUGGUUCGGUAUCAUUUCGACCUCUGUUGGCGGACUGGUGUUGUGGUGUUCCUGA